GCCGUCAUGUGCGUUUGCGUUGAUGGCGCCGUGCACAAAUUUUCAUUCGCCACUACCCCGUUUCAAAGAGGAUACUUGUAAUCUGUUCAUUAAUUUAUCCAUCAUCUGUACAUAGAGUUUCGAAAACGAGGGUCACGUGACAUCAGGCAAAAGCAGCGAAAGGCUUAAGCGCGUAGCCAGUGGUUCUUGUAGGCUUGUGCGAAAGCGCGAUGGAAAGCGGCGAUUCUCUGCCGGACUAUUUACGUCCGCUUGUCAUAUCCGAGAACGUCGCAUCCGACGACUCUGACGAGGAUGAAAACGACUACUCGGAUGAUGAUGCUUGGCCAAUCCUCCAAAGCGGGUAUGAGCCACCAAGCCAGCAAGCUUGCAACGCCACUUCGCCGGACCAAGGCGGCCCUUCGGGCACUGCCGAAGAGGAGUCGCUUGUUGGGUCGAGCCUUGCUGAGAUGCCAACUGACCUGGAAAACUGCUUGGCCCUCAAUCGUGCUCAACGGGCAUUGCUGGAGAGUGCCAUCGGCGAGUUCGCAGAAAGGCUCGAGAAGAACAGGCAGCUGCAGAGGGAGCUUCCAGCACAGCUUUCUCAGCGUGCGCAGCGACCCCAAAAGCCACGAGUGCGCAAGAACUGGUACCACUCGCUGGUGUUUCACCACCCGUACUUCAGGGAUAUUAAUGGCAUGCCGGCACCCAGGAACGAGGAUGCCAUUGCCAAGCUGGCCAACAAGGAGCUGGACCCGUACCUGGCCCCACCUAUGCCUUGGACCACUGACGAGAAUCGCAUGCUGGUUGAUGCAGUAAAGGCCAACCUGCUGAUGCAGAGUCUGGAGUAUCUGAUGGACCGCAAGGAGACCCUGGCCGACAGGCUACUGAACACCGAGGACCCCGAACAGAGCGCCGAGCUUGCUGAGCGCAUAGACCAGCUGGACAAGCAGGUGGCUGAGACACGCAACAUGAGCCUGGAGCAGCUGCUGGAGCAGUCGUCACGCCCCAUCGACUGGCUGCGCAUUGCAAAGGAGGACAUGCGCGCAAACCGGACGGCAUUUGGUUGCGAGAUGAGGUGGCGCCACCUGCUUGAUGUGCGCCUAAACCAGAGCCCCUGGACAGAAGCGGAGGACGAGCGCCUGCGAGCCCUGGCCACUAAAUGGGGCGAGCGCAACUGGGACCAGGUGGCACAGGAGCUGAAGACCGGCCGCAGUGCGUUUCAGUGUGCCGCACACUACUCGAGCCGGCUCGUGACGCGCCACAACAUGGGCCCAUUUUCAGAAGAGGAGAACCACCGACUGCAGCAGCUCAUCUCCGUGUGCACCGAGGGAGAUGACAUCGCCUGGUCACAGGUGUCGCACUUCAUGGGCAGCCGGUCCAAGAAGCAGGUGAUGAACCGCUACAACCGGUCCCUGCACCCCGGCCUGCAGCGUGGGCGAUGGACAGCACAGGAAGAUGUCAUGCUGCUCAUUGGCGUGAAACUCUAUAAAGAUUGCAGCUGGACAAAGGUGGCAAGCAUGCUGCCUGGCCGCACAGGUGGCCAGUGCAGGGAUCGCUACAAGGAUAAUUUUGAACAACAAAUUGUCUCGGGGCCCUACACUCCGGACGAGGACUACAGCCUGUUGGAGCUGGUGCAGAAGCACGGAGUUGGCCAUUGGUCCAAGGUGGUACAGGAGAUGCCCUGGCGGACAGCCAGCUCGGCACUGACGCGUUACCGACGGCUGACUGAGAUCCUCGGCACCAAACAGCCAACCGUGGCUGAUCUGGAGAAGCACUCCCUGCAGGCACCUGCAGCUUCCGUGAAUGAAGCGCGGCGCGCCCGCCUCACGGGCCUUGACAAGCGCCUGGACCUGUACCGGCGCAUCUGCCGCCAGCUCACCAACAAGAAACUGAAAGAAGCCGCCCUGCUGCUGGUCAAGGGUCGAGACGAGAGCCUGGAUCGGGAGACGUGCCUGAAGCUGUACCAGAAGAUGCUGCAGCAGCACCAGACAGGCCGCACACUGAGCAACUCGCAGGUGCAGGGCCAUGCACUGAACAAGGCCAUUGCUCAGUACGCACAGCCUCUGCAUCGACCCAUGCUGCCCAUCAUGGCUGCCUACGAGCACCAGGAGUUGCAAGCUGUGACCAAUGUGCUGCAUGAUCUGCAUGGCUUGCCGAAACCACCUGUGGAUCCCGACAUUGAACAAGUGGGCACCGUGCCCAUCUUCGAAGAGUUCUUCCGCAAGGAGGUGCUUGGCGUGCCAGACGAAUUCCAGCCCAGCGAUGCCAACCUCGUGCUGCCCCUGCUGCCACCCAAUGAGACCACAGUGGCUACCUAUGGGCGACUUUUAGAUCGCUAUGCCAAUGGCAACCUCGCCGAUUCCUUGCCAGCGCUGCAGGAUAACUCGUCGUUUCCCGAGCUCUCGGCAGCUCUCGAUGCAGACAGCGUCGACGACAUCCGCUGCACUGAGUGCACGUCCAGGAGCCUUCUGGAAGAUGGCCUCCUGUCUGCCGGCAGCAGCACUUCGCAGCAGUCAUGCAGUCGGUGUGAGGAGCUGCGAGCCACCCGAAAGAACUACGACGUGCUGCAGGCACGUUUCAUUUCGUACUUUUUCUGGCCUGCGCUGAUGGACACUCUGAACGUUCCCGAGACGGUGGAGCUCCCACCAGACACUCAGAAGAAACGUAAGAAGUACUAUCGCGCAAAGUCCAAGCUGAAGAAGCCAUGGGUGAAGGAGAAGUGGAAGGAGCGCAAGCGACUGGCUGCAGCGGCAGCGGCAGCUGUGUCUGCUGCCACAUCGGAGCAAAGGGCACCAGACACAGAGGAGGCCACUGCAGAGGAGGCAAAGGGCACUGCAGAGGAGGCCGACACUGCGCUGGCCUCUAGCGCACCCAACUCUGCCGUGGAUGCAUAGGCUCACUUGCAUGCACCAGCUGCUCUUCAUGUUUGUUUUGUGCCUCUGUAUUUAGGCAUACAAAUUUUGCAAUGUAAGGUCAUCGUUGUAAUAAAUUUUCAAC